AUGUCAGAUGUGGCUGUGGACACCAACUCUGAGAUCACCACCAAGGACUUAAAGGAGAAGAAGGAGGUUGUGGAGGAAACAAAAAAUGGGAGAGACACACCCGCUAAUGAGGAGAAAGGGGAACAGGAGGCUGACAAUGUGGUAGAGGAAGAAGGUGGGAAGGAGGAAAAGGAAGAAGGUGAUGGUGUGAAAGAAGAUGGAGAUGAAGAUGAGGAGGCUGAGACAGUUAUGGGCAAACGGACAGCUGAAGAUGAUGAUGUUGACACCAAGGAGCAGAAGACAGACGAGGAUGACUAG